AAGACAGUGUGUAAUCUGAGUUGCUAACACUGUUUGGGCCAGGGGUGCUAGUUAGGUGUCCUACGCUGUUCAUUUAAACAUCAAGAAGAUAGUAUGUGGUUAAGUGGUUUCAAGUCAUCGCAGAUAAGGAGCGUUUUCACACUUUUAAUCAGAUCAUCCCGACGAUCUGCUCCCCUGCAACAUGCAUAGUUCGGCACGGUGUUUUUCCUACCAGAAAUUCACCUCAGAUCUAAUCCCCUUAAGCUCUGCGCUCCACGGGCUGCUUUCAAACCCAGAGAGCCUGCAGACAUGGCGUUCAACGGAACCUGGAAGGUCGAUCGCAGCGAAAACUAUGACAAGUUCAUGGAGGAAAUGGGUAUUAACAUCAUGAAGCGCAAGCUAGCAGAGCAUGACAACCUGAAGAUCACCAUCGAGCAGACUGGAGACAAGUUCCAGAUCAAGGAGUCCAGCACUUUCCGCACCAAGGACAUCGACUUCUCCCUGGGCGUCCAGUUUGACUACACCUUGGCUGAUGGCACUGAAGUCUCAGGAACAUGGGUGAUGGAGGGUGAUGUCCUGAAAGGCAAAUUCACCAGGAAAGACAACAGUAAGGUCCUGACCACCACCAGAGCUCUGGUAGGAGGAGAGCUGGUGCAGACUUACAACUAUGAAGGAGUGGAUGCUAAGAGGAUUUUCAAGAAGCAGUAACCUCCAGUUAGAAGUUUGUCUUUUAUUUUUAUAUAGAUGACACAAUAUAGAUUUGAUGGUUUUUUGUUUUUUUUUUUCUAACAAGGCUAAGUCAAGUGUACUCCAAUGGGAUUCAACUUUACAUACCUCAAAAAAUGUUAAAUUCUCAAAAAAAAUGUAAAACUGUACAGUAAUUAUGUUCCAGUUAAAGCCCAAAUUAAAACUUUAAACACAAAAUCAACACGAGAGGGCGACGAGUGAAGUACAGAAAAAGUCAAAGGAGUGUAGGUGCAAGGAAUUUGCAGGAGAAACGGCAUCACCGUGCCAGUCUGUGUGCCUUAAAAGACCCUUAACAACCAGUAGCCCAGAGAUGGCAAAACACACUGAAGGUAUUUAACCAUGAGGAACUGUUCUGUUCUUUCUAAGCCCAGAUUUUUAGUUGAAAUUUAUGUUUCCAUUCAGUAAGAAAAAUGUUAAAUAUUUCAGCGGUAGCAUAUCUUUCAAGGAACAUCGCUUGUUGUCAACAGCUUAAGAGGAACUACUUUUUCAAGGCAACCUAGUUCCAGCUCAUGUUUUAAAGCAAGGUCAUAUUUUACGUGAAUAUAGCUGGUGUUGAAUCUUCAAAGCCAUUUUUUAAGUUUAAAGCAGCUGAAAUUAUUUUCUCUAAGUUUGAUUAGAAUGUAGUGACAAUAUAUAUAAAAAUGGGGCAUUAAAACACAAAAAAGUACAUCUAGAUCAAAAGAGAGACAAUUGUGGAUAAUGUAAAGAAAAUUACCCUUUUAACAUCUCCAACAGUUGAGUAAAUUUUCACUUUUUUCAUGUGCUGUUAACAGCCUCAGAACAUCAGAAUUUACCCCAACACUACUUCAUUAAGCAACACAAUAAUUACACAACAAAAGGUAAAGUAUUGUACAUUGUCUUCAGUUGUUGGUGAAAAAGUCAAUUUGCACUAAUGGUCCUUUAUUGUAGUCUGUAACAAUAAAGCAUUUUUUGUCACUUGA